AUGCUGAUGGAUGUCAACACUGGCGUACGUUUGCCCAGUGUCAGUCACUGUUUGGUGAGCAAUUUCUGGUCCACAGCUUUUGGGGCUGAGAGCAAUGAGGCUGUCUUCGCUGGUUCCGGCAAUGGACGUAUCUUUAAGUAUGACACCGCGAUGGGGAAACUGUUGCACAGCUACGACACGGAACGUUGUGAGAAUAUCCUUGGCUUGGCCAUCAGCGGAGAUGAACGUUUGUUGGGUGCCACCGAUUAUGCUGGUAGAUUCUCGUUGAUCGAUGGUGUCACUGGUCAGAUGUUGCGACGUCGCAAUUAUAAGCAUCCCAUGCGUAAAUUGGUUUUUGAACCGAGUAUGAAACGUGCUUUGGCCGCUUGCGAUGACAAGACCGUAAAGCUCAUUGAUUUGCCUAGUGGGAUGAUGUUCCAUGAUCUUAAGGGACACGAUUCGUCUGUGAUGUCUGUGGCCGCCUCGCCGGAUGGUCGACUUAUUGUAAGUGGUGCCUGCGAUGGCACCAUCAAGUUGUGGGACACGCGCAACUCCAAGAACACGCUGUCAUUUCUGUCGGGUAAUAACACGAAUCUGUGGGACGUGGCCUUCAAUAGGCACAGCAACAAGAUCGGGUUUGUGGGCGAUGGCAAGGGACUGAAUGUCUACUAUUGCCUCGGUGGAAUGGGAUUGAUGUUAGUGUGA